AUGUCCGAAGAAUUAAGAAAAACACUUGCAAGCAGGCUUAGACCUGGGGAUAGAUUUACAAAUAAAGGCUUAUCACGAAAUAGCAGCAGCAGUACUCUUACCGUUUCUAAGCCAAAGCAAACUUUAAUGCCAAGACUUCAAUCUCUUAAUCAGUCGACUACCAAUAUAAAAAAGCCAAAGACCCUAGAGCCUAUUUCUCCUUUCUUUAAAAGCACAGUUUUUUCUCCUGCGAUGACGGUUAUGACAAAGUCAGGAUCCAUGAUAUUUGGAGAAGACACCAAAAAACUACCGAAACUGCCAGAUGAGCCAAAAUUCGAGCCAAUUUUUUCAUCAACUAAAGGCUUCAAAGCUAAAAACCUGCCUCCACUUAAAGCUCAGCCAAAGAGGAAGCAUAUUCAUGGAGAAUCCAGGUCACUAAUUGAAGACGAAAUGCUAAAUACAAGCAUUCCUCAAAACCCUACACCUUAUGAUUUUAUUCAAGUCAUUAAAUCAGACCCAGAACUAAUGGAAGACUUCUGGUACUGCAACCGCAAAGGCGGCUCCUAUGAUUUUGAGCUGGUCCCAUUUAAGAAAAAGAACCCUAAUGAAUACUUAACAAUCAGCUCACGAGGUGUCACUCAUUUUAUCAGUGGGGAAGCUUAUUUUUUAUCUUUAGAAGAAUGGGAAAGAGAAUACAAGCUAUAUCAGAGACUUAAAGAAAUCAGAUUUUUCAAGCAGUACAAAAAAUGGAAGAAUUUCUCACUAUGAAAAAACUUGCGAAGGAGAAAUAUGAUGACUGAAAGGUCGCAGUUUUUGGAGCAUGAGCUAUUUAUUCUUGAUAAUAAGCUGAGAGAUCCAUUGCUGAAUGUAAGACACCAGAGCUGGAAAAUUUUAAGGUUUGAUUUAUUGGAUUUGAAUUUUGAUAAUGUGAGGACUAUUGAACAGUUUAAUGCGGCACAAGACACGAAAAGAAUUGGGUGAAGAAAAAAAAAAAACAGGUAGGUUUUGCUCUGCUGCCUUUUUACCGUUAAAAAUGAUGGAGGAUUUUCAAAAAUGUAUACCAGAAAAAAUCGACCUGUGUUUUUUCUACAGUUUUUACUGGAAAAAAAAACCUUUUUUGAAAAGUGUUUUAUAAUAAGAAAAAAAAAGGUAGGUUUUGUUCUGCUGCCUUUUUACCGUCAAAAAUGAUGGAGGGUUUUCAAAAAUGUAUAUCAGAAAAAAUCGACCUGUGCUUUUUCUACAGUUUUUACUGGAAAAAAAACAAUUUUUGAAAAGUGCUUUAUCGGAAUAUAAUUAUUUUAGCUGGAGAUUUAGCCUUAAAAAUCUAAUGAAUAAAGACUUGCUGCAACCUUAAUUCUAAAACCUAAAGAUGUAAGCUAAAUGAACAAAGAAAUAUCAUUGUAUCUUAACCAAAUAUAUUUUUUUGACCAUCAAAUUUUUUUUAAAAAAAAAUCCUAAUAAAAAUGAAAAAAUUCAUAUAUCAGCUAUAAUUAAAAGCUCUAAACGAUUAAUAAUUCAAAAUUAAAUUUCUUUAUAAAUAUAUUUGGAUUGAUUAACUGGUAGAUCUCUAACUCAUAAGGAGCAAUGUUAAAUGCGUGUGACGAAAUUUUUAAAGCAAGAAAGAAAUGAAAAUCCCUGGUUUUUUUUUACUGUAUUUUUUGAUUAAAUAUUCCCAUCACAUGCAUCUAUAAUCAUUUACAGAUUUUCAAGUUUUAUCAAUUAAAAUGAAUUUGCCAGAGAAGUCUAAAUCUUGAUUUAUUAGUUCAUUUAGAGCUUUCUAAUUACAGCUGAUAUAUGAAUUUUUCAAUUUUUAUUAGGGUUUUUUUUCAUGCGAUUUUUGGAUAAAAAAACAUUGACAGUCAAAAAAUAUAUUUGUUAAGAUGGAAUGUUUAUUCAUUUGGCUUACAUCUUUAGGAUUUUAAUUAAAAUUUUAGUAAGUCUUUAUAAAUUAGAUCUUUAAGGCUAAAUCUCAAGCUAAAAUAAUUAGAUCCCGAUAAACCAUUUUUCAAAGGAGUUUUUUUUUUCCCUGUAAAAACUGAGGCAAAGACAUAAGUUUUUUUUUUUUUAUACUUUUUUGAAAAGCCAUUGAAGUUUUUCCUAGAAAAAGCAGGAAAAAAACCUCCAUCAUUUUUAACGGUAAAAAGGCAUCAGGAAAAUACCUACCUUUUUUUCUUAUCGGCUCAACCCAGAGAAUUGCUGUAGGAGAUGAGCUUGAAGACUUGGAGACAAAUAUCAAAAAUUUAGUAUCAAUUUCUUGCAAGGAAUCAUUGGAAGCUUUUAGGAGAGAAAAUAAGACAACUGUUAAUGAUGAAGAAGGCAGAAAAGGAGUCAAUGAAGAUGCAGACCCGUUUUUAGUAGGCGAUAUUUCUAAUAAACAAAUGCCAUAUACUCAAGAAGCGAUUAUCAGAACCCAUUAUAAAAGACUUGCAAAAUUUAUAAGACUUUGUGACUAUCAAAUUAUUGAUGCAAAAAUGAGUUUAUCAAUCCAGUCAGCACAAAAGGUGUUGAAAGUGAUCACUUUUGACUAUGAUCAAAAAGAUAAAAAACCUAACAUGCAGCGAAGACAGCAGAGCCCAUUAUUAGUCAUCAACGCAGACUUCGAACUAAGAAACAUCUUCUAUGAGCCUGACAAUGAAGCUGUAAAAGUGGCAAUCGACGAUGCUAUAUUAAGAGGACUUACCAUGCUUUUAAAUAACUAUAUGCUAGUCAGUGUCCCUGAGUUUGAAAGAUACACAAAAGCAUUAGAAGAAUUUGAAGAAAAACCAGUCGAUGAAGACUUUGAUUUAUUGCAAAUGAUAGUUAAUGAUGAUAUUAUAAAGCGAAUUGGCAUUGAAAUCAAGGAUGGCAUCGACCGCUCCUUUAGAGCUCUGAUUAAGUUCUCUUUGCACUUAAUCCCUAACCUUGAUAUUUAUAUGCAAAAUUAUGAAAUGAAUGUAGAAAGAUAUAGAGAUGCAGAAAUUGAAGAAAUUAAGAAGGCAAUUGACGAAUAUUUACGACAAAUGCAAGAAUUUAAAACAAUGAAAGAAGAAGAAGAUGUGGGGAUUUUUCAACUGCAUGUCCAAAAUAUCAAGAGAAAAUUGAUACCAUCCCCAAACCAGUGCAUGGAAAAAAUAGAAGGGCUCCUCCCAGAAAUCGCAUUAGAUUCAGCAAUGAAGCUGACAAAAGUCCUAGGGGAAUAUAACAAUAACAUUAAAGGGGUCCCAAAAACCGUUGAAGAGUAUAUUUACAUUCUUAAGCAUAUGAAAGAAAUAGAGAAUAAUUUGCAGGAUAUCACUAACCGCACUAAUGAUUUAAAAGAUUUAAUGCAGCUUAUGGAAACUUACAGUAUCAAAUUUACAGACCUUAAUAAAAGAAAAUACAAUGAGACUUUAACUUCUCUAGAUGCUUUGAGAACCAAAAUGCAAGCAUUUUAUGAGCGUGGAGAAAAUGAUAAAACAAAAUUCACAAGAAUGCUGAGGGAUAGUGCUCAUUCAGUUGAUAAAAGAAAUAAUGAUAUAAAAGAACUGCUUAAAGAUGAAAUGUUCGCGAAUAAAGAUGCAAAUAAAGACACUGUCAUUGAAAUUUUGACAGAACUUGGUGAAAAAGUUACAAAAUUGGUGCAGGAUACCAAAGAUUUUAGGAAUUAUUAUUUGGAGCUCGAAAUGGAGCCGAAGGAAUACCCAGAAGUGGAAGAUACCUUUAAAGAUUGGAAAAAUAAGAAUGAAAUGUGGAGAGCUCUUGAUGAAUGGGAGAAGAAAAUUAUUAUAUGAAGCUCCACACCAUUUAAUAAGAUUGAUGUUGAACAAAUCACAAGAGAAGUUGAUGGGUACAAUAAAAUCGCUAAAAGGUGUAAAUCAUUGGAAGACCAAGGAAAUUAUGUCCCACAAGUUCUUAAGUCGUAUGUAGAUGUACUGAAAGAUACCAUGCCAAUUGUAAGCGAUUUAAGGUUUAAAGGACUUGAAGAGAGGCAUUGGGAGCAGAUAAGAAAAGUCAUUGGAAUCGACAUGAUAUAAGAAAGUUAAGCUAAGUGCAUGAGGCCAUGAGCGGAUAGGCCACUAGCCUGCCUAUCUGGCGUAAACCCGGCUAGUCUCUCUAGGUUAGAGUCACCUCUUGCGGUUGCCCCGUUAGUCCCGUUAGUCCCGCUUGUCCCGAUAAGUAAAGACUAAGUGGGAGGGAAGUCUGUAUAGCCCAUCUGACAGAGACAGAGAAAACUGUCAGGGCAGGUACAAAAUUUCGCUCUUUAGCAGGCAUACCUAAACCUAAAGGCUUAUUUCAAAAAAUGAUAGAGGAACUAUUUUCAGCUUCAUCAGGAGGGGUCUCUCCUGCUCCAUAGGGAGUGAGCCUCAAAAAAGGGACAGAGGCUUUGCUUUCAGCUUAAUCAGGAUAGAUCCUACCUGCUUCAUAGAAGUGCCCUUCGGAGUCAAAAUUCCUUCAACGUCAUCAUUUUAUUUUUCCAUUGAUAUAAGGGAUGAGUCAUUUACAUUGAAGAAGCUUUUAGAUAUCAAAGUAAAUAAUGUGAAAGAAGAAAUUUCAGAAAUUGCUUUAAGAGCGAGAAAAGAAGAAGAGAUACAAAACCAACUAAAUCCCUCCUCUCCGUGGCCGAACAAAAACUUUUUUUCGCUUAAAAGUAUUUUUAAAAAAAUUAUAUAUAAAUUUUUAUAAUAUAUUCCCUAAUCGUAAAAAUUGAAAGUAAAAACAUUUGUAAAAAAUUUAUAUUUUAAAAUGAAAGCUGUUUAAAAUUUAAAAGAAUUACCUUAUAAUACUUAUCGCUCAUUUAUUAAAAUAUUUUUUCAUAAAAAUUUUUUGUUCCUCACAGAGUAUGGGUUUUUAACCAAAAAAUAGGGUUUUUUCCAAUGGCUUUGAGUAAGCGAAAUCGUGUCAGGGUGGGAUAAUAUUGAGUUUCAUGUUGAAAAAGUUGAUGAAAGCUAUAUCUUUAAAGAAGUUGAUGAUAUUAUGGUGAAGUUGGAAGACUCUCAAGCUGGGCUCUCUACAUUGAUUUCAAAUAGAUUUAUCGGCCCCAUGUUUGAGAAGGUCGACUACUGGAAUAAAAUUUUCAAAAUUUUUGCAGCAACUCUUGAUGAAUGACUUCUCUGCCAAAAGCAAUGGGGAGAACUAGAUAAAAUUUUCAAAAGUGGCGAUAUUGCAAAAAAGUUAAACAAAAGCUACAAAGUUUUCCAAACAGUCGAUACUUUUUUCAAAGAAAGAAUGAAAAAGGUAUGAGAUUCCCCUAACGCUUUAAAAGCCGCCACAGAAGAGGGGCUGCUCAAAAAUUUCCAAGACACAAAUAAAAACCUUGAAAAGCUUCAAAAGAAAAUAGAAGAGCAUCUUGAUAAACAAAGGGUCAAUUUCCCCAGAUUUUUCUUCCUCUCAAACGACGAGCUUCUCAUAAUUCUUUCAAAUUCUCAAAAUGUCCGUGAAAUUCAGACUCAUUUAAAAAAUAUGUUUGAAAACAUUUAUGAGCUCGAAUUUGAAGAAGAAAAAACUGAAUCAUUUACAGGCUUGAUUUCUGCUGAACGAGAAACAUUGACUUUACAUUCAAAAAUCAAGUCUAAAGGAAAUCCUGAUGAGUGGCUUAAGGUUCUUGAAAUGCAAAUGAAUGAGUCCUUAAGAAGAUAUAUAAGAGAAGCUAUUAAAAAAUAUGGCGAUCUUUCUAGGAAAGAAUUUAUUUUAAGCCCAGAUCUGGUAAGCCAAGUUAUAUUAUGCACUGCAAUGAUUAUGUGAACUUGGUCAACUGAAGAGAAUUUGUCAGGGAAAAGUGAUGUAAAUGAGUCUUUAACUGAUUGGCAUGACGUGAUUAAUGGGUAUUUAGAAGAACUUACUAAUCUUGUUAGAGAAGAAUUAACGCUGGCUAUGAGGAGAAGAAUUGUAGCACUUGUUACUCAAGAUGUGCAUAAUAGAGACACUGUAGAAAUGCUAAAAGAUGAAGAAGUCACCUCAGCUGGAGAUUUUAGAUGGCAAAAACAUUUACGCUAUUAUUGGGCUGAUUUUGAAGAAAAAUUCAAGAUUUCGCAGCUUAAUGCAGACCUGGAAUAUGGGUUUGAAUUUAUGGGAGCUACAACUAGACUUGUGAUCACCCCGCUUACUGAUAGAUGCUGGAUGACAAUUACGGGAGCUAUGAAAAUCAAUCUAGGCGCUGCUCCUGCAGGCCCAGCAGGUACAGGAAAAACUGAGUCAGUGAAAGACCUUGCUAAAGCUAUGGGGAAAUAUUGCAUUGUUUUUAACUGUUCUGAACAAAUUACUUACUACCAGGCCUCCGAACAAAAAUUUUGUUUGCUCGUGGAGAAAUCGUGCCUUGGCUCUUUUUGGGUGCCAGUAUAUAUGGCACUUACUGGAUGACCAACCUCGUAUUUUCAGAGUCUGAAUACUAAAAUGGCCUUCCAGUAAGUGCCGUAUACUGGCACCCAAAAAAAGCCAAGGCACGAUAGGUUUUUACCCAUAAAAUAGGGAUUUUUUAAAUCUUUCUGUUCGCUCAUAGAGGGGGAUUUACCAAAUGAUGGAAAAACUGUUUAUGGGACUUUGCUACACAGGCUCAUGGAGCUGCUUACUCCCUCUGGCGAAGAGAGCUUAAAAUUUUCAUAUAAAAUAUUUUUGAAUGCAAAUAAUGAUUAAUAUAAUGAUUCUAACGAAUUUUAAUUUCAUAAAUUUAAUAAAAUUAAAUUGGAUUUUAAAAUUUGCAGAAAUGAAAUUUAGUAUAUACCCUUAAAUAGACGAAGGGUGCAUAAUAUUUAAAAAAUAAAAAUUUAAUCGAUUACAAAUUUUUCACGCUUGCAGAGAAGGAAGUUAGAUGAAUUUAAUAGAAUUGAUAUCGAAGUUCUUUCAGUUAUUGCACAACAACUUCGAGUAAUAAAGCAGUCAAAAGAUGACAAUAAACAAGAAUUUUUCUUUGAAGAUAAAAAAGUGGCCUUGAAAGCUGAAACUGGCGUAUUUAUCACUAUGAACCCAAAUUAUGCUGGAAGAACUGAGUUGCCUGACAACUUAAAAGUCCUUUUCAGACCUGUCUCUAUGAUGGUUCCUGAUUAUACUUUAAUUGCUGAAAUUAUGUUAUAUGCUGAAGGUUUCAAAAAUGCUAAGCAUUUAUCAGGAAAAAUGACAAAAUUAUACAAGCUUGCUUCUAAUUCUCCCCACUCCAUGAGUGAACCAAAAAAUUUUUUCACUCACAGUGGGUUAAAUUUUUUUAUACAAAAUUUAAAAUUUAUUUUUAAAAUGUAAUUUUAUUCAAAAUUAAGAAUUUGCUAGUGAUUUCAUUAUCACUUAUAUAUCAAAAUUUUUUCACAGAGGGUGGGUUUUUAGGCAAAAAAUAAGGAUUACUCCAUUGGUUUUAUUCGCUCAAGAAGAAGCGGGGAGUGAGCAACUUUCACAGCAAGAUCACUAUGAUUUUGGUAUGAGAGCUGUAAAAAGUGUUUUAAAUAUGGCUGGAGCUUUGAAGAGAAAAGAGCCACACCUUACAGAAGACAUAAUUUUAAUCAGAGCUAUGAAAGACUCAAAUGUUCCGAAGUUCUUAAAAGAAGAUCUGGUGCUUUUCAACGCAAUUGUGCAAGAUCUAUUUCCUGAAGCAGAGAUCCCAAGCGCGGAUUGUGGAGAUUUAGAACUAGCCAUUAGAGAAUGCAUUGGAAAAGAUCAUUUACAGCCUAUUGACACUUUUGUAAAUAAAGUGAUCCAGUUAUUUGAAACUUUUGAGGUCAGAUUUGGAGUCAUGAUUGUUGGUCCCGCCACAGCAGGAAAAACAACUUGUUAUAUACUUAAUUCAUUUACUAUAAAUUUUUCUUAUACUUGAAGAAAAAAAAGAAUUUCAAAAUAUUCAAUUAGUACAACUUGGCAUAAAAUUUUAGCUCAUGCUUUAUCUUUAUUGCGGAGCAAAAACUCACGCAAUCAGAGCUAUCAAAAAGUGCAAUUUCAAGUCCUCAAUCCUAAAGCAAUUUCCAUGGGUGAGCUAUAUGGGGAGUACAAUGAAAUUACACUAGAUUGGAAAGAUGGCUUGGCAAGCUCAAUUAUGAGAGAAUUUAGUAAAAAAGAAGAGCUCACAAGGAGAUGGGUUGUUUUUGAUGGGCCAGUUGACUCAUUGUGGAUUGAAAAUAUGAACACUGUGCUUGAUGACAAUAUGAUGCUGUGUUUGGCAAACCAAGAAAGAAUUAAAUUAAAGCCAGAAAUGAGAAUGCUAUUUGAAGUAGCUGAUCUUGCGUCUGCAUCUCCUGCUACUGUUUCUCGCUGUGGAAUGGUGUAUAUGAACAUUGAAGCUGUCGGCUGAAAAGCUCUUAUUCAAACCUGGAUAGCUAAAGAAUUAGCUGAAUGACAGCCUGAACAAAGAGACCACUUAAUUGUUCUAAUUAAUACUUAUAUGGGAAAAGCUUUAUCUAUUAUGCAAAGACUUACAGAACCAAUCCCUACUAUGACUAAUUCACUGAUAGCUUCAUUUUGCAAGCUGCUGAACGCUGUUGCUCAAUUUGAUAGAAAUCCAAGAUUCAACGAUAAUAUUGAGCAAUUUAAAAAAUAUUUAGACAAAAUAUUUGUGUUCUGCUUAACUUGGUCAAUUGGAGGAGCAUUAGACACUAAUGGUAUGAUAAAGUUUGACUCAGCAAUUUCUUCUGAGCUUAAUGUAGACUUACCAAAAGGCUCAUUAUAUGACUCUUGUGUAGUCUCAACAAAGGUAGCUGGAGAUUAUAAGUCAUGGGACAAUAUGAAGACUGAUUUUGUAUAUAACCCUGAAGCUAGCUAUUUUCAACUGUUGGUUCCUACAAAAGAUACAAUACGCUUUGAGCACCUUUUGAAAUAUAAUAUAAGCAUUCAGCAUCCAGUGUUUAUUACUGGAUAUACAGGAGUUGGGAAAUCGGUAAUUAUAACGAAUACUUUGAUUAGUAUGAAAGAGACUGACAAUUUGUACCCGAUUUUCAUUACUUUUUCAGCUCAAACUUCAUCUUUGUAUACACAAAAUUCUAUCGUAAAUAAACUAGAUGCGAAAAGAAAAGACUUGCUUGGAGGCCCAGGGACCAAAAAAGUAGCAUUAUUGAUUGAUGACGUAAAUAUAGAGGUUUCCUCUAUAUAGCGCUAAAAGUGCAGACAUUUUCCCAGGAGCUUUCCAAGUUCGUCGGACCAAAUCGCUUUUUGGUCCGACCAAGGCAUUGAUUUGGUGCAACCUACCGAUAAAUUCCGAUCAGAAUUUAUCGGCCUUACAGCGCCAAACAUAGGAAACUUCUAUAUGCCAGCUGUCGAAAAAUUUGGGGCUCAGCCACCGAUUGAGCUUUUGCGGCAAUUUUGUGAUCAAGGUUUCAUUUACGACCGUGAGAAAAAGUUUGCAUUGAGAAUUAUCGAUACAACGCUUAUUUGCUGUGCGGCACCACCUGAAGGUGGAAGAAGCAAGCUAACACAGAGGUUUACUCGACAUUUUCAUAUGUUAUGCAUUCCUCAUACAAGUGAAGAAAAUAUGAUCACCAUUUUCAAAACCAUUUGUGAUGGCUUUUUUAGCAGAGGCUGGAAAACUGAAGUCAUUGCUUCAGUUCCGCAAAUUGUCUCAGCGACUAUUCACAUUUAUCAACAAAUCAGUGCGGAGUUAUUGCCAACCCCAGCUAAAUCACACUAUUUAUUUAAUCUUCGAGACGUUUCUAAAGUAUUUCAAGGACUACUUAUGGGAAAACCAAGGACUUUAAAUAAUCCUGAUAUGCUGAUCAAUCUUUGGAUUCACGAAACUAUGAGAGUUUUCCAUGACAGGCUUAUAAAUAAACAAGAUAAGAGGUGAUUUACUGAAAUGGUCACUAAAAUGCUUGGCCAACAUUUUCGUCUUUCAGCCACUCAUGACCAAAUGUUCGAAGAAAAAACAAUCAUGUUUGCUGACUUUCUGAGAGGAGACCUAGCAAUGGAAGACAGGGAAUAUGAAAUGGUGACAAGCUCAAGCACGCUUAAUAGGAGGAUUGGAGAGUUCCUUGACGAAUACAAUUCAAUCGGGACUCAUGAGAUGAAAUUGGUAUUUUUUAACGACGCAAUUGAACAUUUGUCAAGACUCUGCAGAAUCUUGAGACAGCAAAGAGGAAACGCAAUGCUUAUUGGAGUUGGCGGAUGUGGAAAGCAAUCACUCACAAAGUUAGCAUCUUUUAUGUGCCACUGUGAAUUUUUCCAAAUUCAAGUAACAAAAGAUUAUAAGUUGUCUUCAUUUAGGGAUGACUUGAAAAAGCUGUUUAUCGCUGCCGGAGGAGUAGUACCAAAGCCUUCAGUCUUUUUGUUGACUGAUACCCAAAUCAUUAGUGAGUCUUUUCUUGAAGACAUCAAUAAUAUUUUAAACUCAGGAGAAGUCCCAAAUCUUUUCACAAAAGAAGAACUUGACCCUAUUGAACAGGACUUAAGGACAGUUGCAGAGAGAGAAAAGGUAUUUGAAAAUAUCUAUAACUUUUUUAUACAAAGGGUAAGAGAAAACCUCCAUAUUGUUCUGUGUAUGAGUCCUGUAGGAGACUCUUUAAGAGUUCGCAUGAGAAUGUUCCCGUCCUUAGUAAACUGCUGCACCAUUGACUGGGUCGACCCAUGGCCAAAUGAUGCCCUUUUAAGCGUGUCUGAAAGCAAAUUACAAGACUUGACUCUUGAUUUCUUGCCCAAAGAAGAAUCAAUAAAUCUCAAAAAGGCUUUAGCAAAGCUAUGUGUAGAAGUCCAUCAAAGUGUUAUAGAAAUGGCUGAUGAAUUUUAUCAAAUUUUAAACAGAAAAGUGUAUAUCACCCCAAAAAGCUAUAUUGAUUUAAUAGCUGGGUAUUUCAAGCUACUAGAAGAAAAACAAAAUGAACUAAGCUCAGCUCGGCAGAGAUAUAGAAACGGUGUAGAUCAGCUAAUUAAAACAAAUAUAGAUGUGCAAGAAAUGCAAAAAACGCUUGUAAACUUAGCGCCGGUAUUAGAACAAAAUAAAACUGAAUGUGAGGAGCUUGGGAAAAAACUUGAAAUCGAUACUGUACAAGCAAAUAAAGUGAGAGAAAUUGUGGAGGACGAAGAAAAAGAAGUAAAUAUGAAAACACAAGAAAUUAAAGUGCUACAAGAAGAUGCAGAAGCUGAUUUAAACCAGGCUAUGCCUAUAUUAGAAGAAGCUAUAAGAGCUCUAGGGAAUAUCAACUCAAAAGAUAUAGCAGAAAUCAGGACUUUUGCCAGCCCUCCCAAGCUAGUUGUAUUUACCUUAGAAACCAUUGCAAUACUGCUAGAAGCCCCUACAUCUUUAGAAUCCAUUAGAAAAAUCCUCCAAAAUAACUUUUUAGACACCCUAAUGAAAUUCCCUAAAGACAGCAUAAAGCCAGUCACGCUAAAAAAACUGAAAAAUAAGAUUGCAAGCCUGCCUGAUUUUACCCCUGAAAAAGUUGGAGGUCAAAAUGUAGCUUCAAAGUCCUUAUGUGAAUGGGUCUACGCAAUAGUAAAUUACGCCCAAGUGUCUAAAGAAGUAGAGCCUAAAAGGAAACGUCUUGAAGAGCUAAAUAAAACUUUAGCUGACGCAAUUGCAAACUUAACUGAUACUCAGAAUAGGUUAAAAGUUGAGCAAGAUAAAGUCGCUGAAUUAGAAGCCAAAUUUAAAGCAGUUUUAGAUCAGCAAAUUAAGCUUGACAAUGAAAUUCAGACCACAAAUUUAAGACUUUCAAGAGCUUCUGUGCUUACAGAAGGGCUUAAAGAUGAGCACCAAAGAUGGAAAGUUUCUGUUGACAGGUUGACAGAAAAAUUGAGAAAUAUUUUAGGUGACAUUUAUUUAUCAGCUUUUGAGGACAGAAAUAGGUGAUUGCUAGGCCGACCCAGCUACUGUUAUUCAGAGCUAUGGUCUAAGCUGAGGUCAAGAAUUACGGGAUUUGAGAGUUAUCUUAAACUUUACUUAAAAUUUAUCAGCUGCUUGUAUUAAUUACUAUGGGCCAUUUUCAGGGCUAUAUAGAAAUAAGCUUGUCAGUUUUUGGAUGAGCAAAUGUGCAGAGCUUGGGAUCCCAUUUAGCAGUAAUUUCGAUCUGCAAGAGGUAAUGGGUGAUCCAUUGGUAAUUAGAGAAUGGAAUAUUGCCACUCUUCCUACAGACUCAGUAAGUGUUUGCAAUGCUAUUUUAGUCACAAGGUCGGAAAGGUGGCCACUUAUGAUCGAUCCACAAGAACAAGCAAACCGAUGGAUCCGAAAAAUGGAAGAAUCCAAAGGCUUAAAAAUCAUUAAACAAACUGACAAAGAUUUUGAAAGAAAUUUGAAAACUUGUUUAAGGGAAGGGCUUCCAGUCUUAAUUGAAGAUAUAGGAGAAACGCUUAAUCCUUUGUUAGACCCUGUUUUAAAUAAGCAUUUAGUUGAGCAAUCUCCAGGACGAUUUACCUUAAGAAUGGGAGAAGCUGAUAUUGACUAUGAUCUUAAUUUCAAGCUGUAUAUCAUUACUAAGCUUUCAAACCCUCAUUAUCUUCCUGAAAUCAGCAUUAGAGUUAGUUUAAUCAAUUUUACUGUCACAAUGCAGGGGUUAGAAGAGCAACUUUUAGGAGAUGUCGUUAGGAAAGAAGAGCCGAAAAUUGAGAUUGAACAAAAUAAACUGAUAAAAGAUAUAGGAGAUGGCCAAAGAGAACUUAAAAAUUUCGAGCAGCUGAUUUUGCAGUCACUGUCUGCAACUGAAGGGAAUAUCCUUGAUGAUGCCAAGCUAAUAGCAAGACUUGAUACAGCCAAAAAAUCGUCAGAUUUGAUAAAUAAAAGAAUGAUAACGGCGGAAAACACAAAAAAGGAAAAUGAAGCUGCAAGAGCCAAAUAUCAAAAAGUUGCUAGAAGAGAGUAAUAAGGAAUAAAGUGUACUGUACUUUUUACGGUCGGAAAUUUUACUGUCAAAGUGACUGGAAAUUUCCAAUUUUUUUCCGAAAGGAAAACACACACAACGGUGAAUUCAAAUUUAAAACCCUUAUUAAAAAUAUUGUGCAUGAAUAAACAGCAUCAAAUAAAGAAAAAGUUUAAAUAGAUUUGGAUAAAGAUUUCCGCUGUUGUAUUUAAUCGAAAUAUUAAUAAUCUAUCAAAACAAUUUGUUUUUGCCAAUUUAAGGUUUUUCCUUUUUAAAAUCGCCAUUUCUAUUAUACUUUUUCAUGCAAAUCCCAUCAUAAAAAAUUAAAGGUAUAGGCUUAAAAUCGAAUUUACCGUUAUGCUUUUAUCCUGUCGAAAAAAAAAGUUUGGAAAUUUUCAGCACUUUGAAAGCAAAAUUUCCGACCAUAAAAAAAGCGCAGUUCACUUUAUUCCGGAUUACACCUAGAAGAGGGUCCAUUUUAUAUUUUGUAAUUGCUGAUCUCGCAAAUAUUGAUCCAAUGUACCAGUACUCAUUAAGCUACUUUUCUAAAUUCUUUAACGCAAUCAUUGACCAAGCACCAGCUUCCGCAGAUCCUCAGGCUAGGAUUGAAAUCUUGAUAACUGCAAUUACUGAGGUGAUCUAUUCUAAUAUUUGUAGAGGGCUAUUUAAUGCCCACAAGCUUAUUUUUAGCUUUUUAUUGGCAGCACAGAUACAAAGGGAUGCAGGACUUAUCAAAGAAGCAGAGUGGGCAAUUCUUUUAAGAGGAGUCACUAUGCUUCCUGCAGAUUUCAGGAGAAGUGCAAGACCUGAUAUAGCAGGAAUUACAGAAAAAUCAUGGAAUUUCGUGAUUUUCCUACAAAAUAUAAGUGAGCCUUUCAUGAAUCCCCCUAUAGGCAAAGAAAUGCUAAACAAUAAAAAAGAAUGGCAAACUUGGAUUAACUCCAAAGAUCCACAUAAAGAGCCACUUCCAGGAACUUACAAUAAUCUUUCAAUCUUCCAAAAAAUGCUUCUAAUAAAAGCUUUCAGGGAUGAAAAAAUUAUUUAUAUGGUUUCAGAUUUUAUUAACGAAGUCCUAGGACCCAAAUUUGUGCAGGUCGCCCCAACAUCAAUGGAAGAAGUUUAUGCUGAAACGACAAAAAGGACACCAAUUAUUUUUAUUUUAAGCCAAGGCGCUGAUCCUAUGUCAAUGAUAACCAGACUGGCACGUGACAGAAAAUUCCUUGACAGAAUUGACCCAAUUUCGCUUGGUAAGGGCCAAGAUGAAAAAGCUAAAAAAGCUAUUGAAAAAGGCUUAAGAGAAGGAAAGUGGGUGAUUUUACAAAACUGCCACCUCGCAAAAUCAUGGAUGCCUGACUUGGAAAAACAAAUAGAAAACUUUGAUGACCCAAAGUCCGCAAUUCAUGAAGAAUUCAGAAUCUUUUUGACAUCAAUGCCUUGCAAUUAUUUCCCAAUACCGGUUUUACAGAAUGGGGUAAAGGUUACAAUUGAGCCUCCUAAAGGAAUCAAGUCAAAUCUCCUGCGAUCAAUGGCUCUGAUGACUGAUGAAAAAUUAUCUGAGUCUUCAAAGCCUGAAAUAUGGCAGAAAUUAAUAUUUUCCUUACUCCCCCCCCUCCGUGAGUGAACAAAACCAUUAGAAAAAUCGCUAUUUUUUGACCAAAAACCCACCCACCCUCCGUGAGUGAACCAAAAUUUUUUUAAUAGAAAUAUUUUUUGAUGGAAAAAAUUUUUGAUAUAUAAAUGAUAAUUAGUAUAAUGAAAUCUAGAGCUAGUUCUAUUUAAUUUUGAACGAAUUGCUUUUUAAAACAUAAAUUUUAUAAAUUGAAUUAAUAUUUGCUUUCCAAUUUUUACGAAUUAGGAUUUUUUUAAAUUUCGAAAAAAAAAAUUUUUUUAUAAAAUUUAUAUAUAAAUUUUUUUUUAAAAAAGAAAAAAUUAACCCCCCUCCGUGAGUGAACAAAAAUUUUUUUGUUCACUAACGGAGGGGGGGGGGAGUUAUGUUUAUUCCAUGCAGUCAUACAAGAGCGUCGAAAAUUCGGCUGCAUGUUAUUUGAUCUGAACUUUUUUGAUAGUGUGAUUUUUCCUCAGAAAGUUUGGUUAAAAUUUAUGAUAGUGAGACUUUUGCUCAUAAAAAAAGCCAUAUUCUAUCAAAUAUCCCUGAAAUAAAUGCCAGAUCAAAAAUUGCUGAUUAAAAAGCAUUCACCAAAAAUUCGGUCCCCUAGGCUGGAAUAUUCGCUAUGAAUUUAACGAAAGUGACUUAGAAACUUCUAUAAGAGUUAUUGAAAACUUUUUAAAUGAACAAGAAAUAGUUCCAUGGGAAGCCAUCAAAUUCGUCACAGGAGAAAUUAAUUAUGGAGGCAGGGUCACCGAUGAUUUAGAUAGAAGAUGCCUAAUGAGCACUCUCUCCUAUUUCAUGAAGCCAGAAAUAUUAGACGAUGCCUUUAAAUUUUCUGAAAGCGGGAUAUACGCAAUGCCUUCUGAAACUUCAAUUCAGGCUUAUAAAGAUUUUGUCAUGAAUUUACCGAAUACAGAUGAGCCUGAGAUCUUUGGAAUGCAUGAAAACGCAAAUAUUACUUUUCAGCAGCAAGAAAGUGCAAGUGUAUUAAAUGCAGCUUUAUUGAUUCAGCCCAAAGAAAAAGGAAAAUCUUCAAUGGGAAAAACUCCAGAUGAAAUGAUUGAUGAGCUCGCAGCCAAGUUUUUAGAAGAAUUGCCAAAGGUGUUGAUGAAAUCUGAAGCAGGGAGUCAUACUUUUGUGGUAGAAAAUGGGCUUAUGGAAGCUAUGGCAACUUUUCUAGGCCAAGAAAUGGAGAGAUUUAAUAGACUUUUGGUUAGAUGCAAAACAAGCUUAGAAGACUUGAGAAAAGCCAUACAAGGGCUAGUAUUGAUGUCUGAUGACUUGGAUAAAAUGUACAAUGCAAUGAAUAAUAACUCUAUCCCUGAGCUCUGGAAUCGUGUAGCUUAUCCUUCUCUUAAGCCUCUCGCAUCAUGGUUUAGCGACUUAAAAGAAAGGGUUUCUUUUAUUCGCAGAUGGCUUAUUCAUGGAAAACCUGAGUCUUAUUGGCUAAGCUCGUUCUUUUUCCCACAAGGUUUCUUGACAUCAGUUAUGCAGAGCCACUCUAGGAAAUUCCGAGUCCCAAUUGAUAAUUUGAUUUUUACUUUUGAAAUGCAGUCGUUUACAGAAAUUGAAAGAAUUGAAGAAAAAAUAGAGGAUGGGGUAUAUGUGCAUGGUUUAUAUAUGGAAGGAUGCAGAUGGGAAGCUGAAACUAAUGUCCUUGAAGACUCCAAGCCUGGAGUUAUGUGGACUCUGGCACCUUUGAUUUCAUUUAUUCCGAGUGAAGUGCAAGAUAAUGUGGAUGAAGAGGAAGAGUAUUAUUUGAUGCCUGUAUAUAAAACGUCAGUAAGGGCUGGACAGCUAUCUACAACUGGGCAUUCAACGAAUUAUAUAAUUUCAAUAGACGUUCCAACUCAUAAAAAACCUCAACAUUGGAUUCAGAGAGGUGCAGCAUUUUUGUGCCAGCUGAAUGAUUAA